UUUGGGUGCCUCUCCUGUGACGCCAGCGCCGGGCCACUGGUGCCUACUUUUUCGUGCGGUCGCCGGCUGGUUGCGGGAAGUUUCCAGCUUUUUGCGACCGAGACGAUGUGGGCUCUGAAACUGACGCUGCUCUUGGCCGUCGGCUGUGCCGUGAUGGCCGAUCCCGUGAAGUUCCUGGACUGCGGUUCCAAAGAUGGAAAUAUCAACGAGGUCAAUGUGAGUCCUUGCCCCUCAGAACCUUGUGUCCUUCAGAAAGGGCAGUCCUACACAGUCAAUGUCACAUUUUCUAGUAAGAUUAACAGCCAGGGCAGCAAAGCAAAGGUGUAUGGAGAACUGCUACAUGUGCCCAUUCCCUUCCCACUAGACCAGCCUGAUGGAUGCAAGUGUGGGAUCCAGUGUCCUAUCGAGACGGGCCAUUCUUAUAACUAUCUGAACAAGCUUCCAGUGAAGACUGAAUAUCCAUCUCUGAAAUUAGUUGUCAGAUGGGAACUGCUUGAUGACCAGGACCAGAUGUUGUUCUGCUGGAGGAUUCCUGUCCAGAUCACCGGUUAAGGAACCCUGCAGUUUAUUGGGGAAGGGAAGAGGCACUUGGAUACAGACAGAAGAGUCAAGUGCUUUGCAUUUCUUGUUUUGAUUUACACAACUACUGUCUUCCCAAUGUCCAGAUGAAGCAGGGGGCCAGUGGCCAGGCCAAAAUGAAUCUACUCAAGACGGUUGGGAUAGUUGGAGGAAGUCUUACUGUAGUUCAGGGCAAAGGUUCAUGUAACUACUGACAAAAGUGACUGAAAGGGAACACACAUCCAGAAAAGACUUUUUCUAUAAGGAAACUGGGCCAGAAAACAUCAUGACUAUUGCUGUUGAUCGACCCUACUGUGCCUCUCAUAAUGAGAUACUGCAGGCCUCUCGCUCCCCCAGCUCUGCCAUGUCCUGGACUUUCCUUGGAUCUGCUUUUCUCACCUGGAGCCAAAAGGAAACUGAAUAGAAAUAACCUUCUGCAGCAAGUUGCUUCAAAGAAGGGAAGAGUUUCCUGAAAAUAGAUGCCAGACCAAAAUGGCAUUUUAUUUCUAUGCAGAGAUAACUUGCAUUAACCAAUGCUUUGCACUAUCUUGUGCUGGGAAAACUGCUGUCUCAAUCCC